AGACAGUUGGAUACAGACAGGCACGAUGCGUGUGGACUCUGUGUGGCUGGCGGCUGUAGUCGUCUCAUUACCGCUCCUCUCCCUCUGUGACCCCCUCUACAUUCUCACGGCCCCGAACCUGCUGAGAGUCGGGUCCCCAGAGAAAGUGUUUGUGGAGGCGCAGGACUAUUCUGGAGCCAGUCUGAAUGUUAAAAUCUCAGUGAGAAACUCUAAAGAUAAGCGUGAAGUGACGAGUAGAUCAGUUUCCCUGACAUCUGCCAAGAACUACCAGGAUCUGGUUGAGAUAGAGGUACCCAGUAAUGCGUAUUCCUUUGAGAAGGGAAUCCAGCAAUAUGUGAUCCUGCAAGCUCAGUUUCCACAGAAUCUUCUGGAGAAACAGGUCAUGGUGAUUUUUCAAUCUGGGCACAUAGUUUUACAGACUGACAAGACCAUCUACACUCCAGACAGCACAGUUUAUUACAGGGUGUUUUCACUGAGUUCAGGCAUGACACGGCCUGUAGAAACUGGAGUCCGAGUGGAGAUCUUGACACCUGAUGGCAUCAGCCUUCAGAGCAAAUCUGUUUAUCCCGAUGGAGGAAUGGUGUCAGGAACAUUUAGCCUGACUGAUCCGGCCAGCCCAGGGAUAUGGAAACUUAUGGCGUGGCACCAGAACAGCCCACAGACGAACUUCUCCAGUGAGUUUGAAGUCAAGGAAUACGUCCUGCCCAGCUUCGAGGUUUCUUUGAGACCACAGAAAGCCUUCUUCUAUGUGAACGAUGACAGUCUAGUAGUCGAUAUUGAAGCCAAGUAUUUGUUUGGGGAGACAGUCAAUGGUCAUGGAUUUGUUGUAUUUGGUGUGAUUACUGAAGAUAAUGGGAAAAUAAGUUUACCAGGCUCCUUACAGAGAGUGAAGAUCUGGGAUGGAAGUGGAAGAGCAGAACUGAGAAGGAGACACAUCCUAGAGACCUUCCCAAACAUCAUGCAGCUUGUUGGCCAAUCACUGUACAUUACAGUGAGUCUGCUGACCGAGUCUGGCAGUGAAAUGGUGGAAGCUCACAAGAAAGGCAUUCAGAUUGUGACGUCACCGUACACCAUCCACUUCAAAAAAACACCACAAUUCUUCAAACCUGGGAUGCCCUUCGAUGUCUCGGUCUAUGUAACAAAUCCUGACCAGACACCUGCUAAAAAUGUGGAAGUGGAGGUCAAUCCUGGAGGGGUCAGAGGUCAAACAAGAGCCAAUGGCAUUGCAAAGGUUACCAUAAACACUCCGGGAGGAUCUUCUGCACUGGAGAUCACUGCAAAGACCAAAGAUCCACAAUUAAGCAAUGAACAGCAGGCAGUGAAGAAGAUGACGGCUCAGGCAUAUGUUCCCAAAGGUGGCUCCAGGAACUACUUGCACAUCGGCAUUGACACUGCAGAGCUUCAGAUCGGUGAUCAAAUGAAAGUCAAUCUGAACAUGGGAAGAAGUCCAGGAGUCAGAGAUCAGGAUUUCACCUACAUGAUCUUGAGUAAAGGUCAGAUCAUUCAUGCAGACAGGUUUAAGAGGAGGGGACAAGCUCUAGUGACUCUGUCUCUACCUGUAACCAAAGUCAUGGUGCCGUCCUUCCGCUUCGUGGCUUAUUACCAUGUGGGCUCGUCUGAGGUGGUGUCUGAUUCAGUCUGGGUUGAUGUGAAGGACACGUGCAUGGGAACGCUUAAAGUGGAAGUUCACGAUCCAGUAAAUGUCUAUGAGCCUGGUGAAGAGUUUGGCCUGAGAGUAACAGGAGACCCUGGGGCCAAGGUUGGAUUGGUUGCUGUUGAUAAAGGCGUUUAUGUUCUCAACAACAAGAACAGACUAACUCAAACAAAGAUCUGGGAUGUUGUUGAGUCACAUGACACUGGCUGCACAGCAGGAAGUGGAAAAGACAGUAUGCAAGUUUUCAGUGAUGCCGGCCUGCUGUUUGAGUCCAGCUCCGCUGGAGGAACUAGCAUCAGAACAAAUGCUGCAUGCCUUUCUUCAUCUCGAAGGAAAAAACGAGAAGUAACCAUAACACAUUUCAGAGAGACUUUAGUGAACAAGUACUCUGGCCUUGAGAAGGAAUGCUGUCUGGAUGGAAUGAAGAAUAUGGUUGAACUGAAAUACACUUGUGAGUAUCGGGCAGGAUUAAUCCAGGAUGGAGAGGAGUGCAGACGGGCUUUCCUGCACUGCUGCAGUGAGAUGACCACCCGCAACAAAGAGUCGGAUGAACAAGGCGAAGGGACUCUAGCCCGCAGUGAAAGCGAAGAGUUUGUGAACUCAGAUGAUAUUGUGUCACGUACGCUCUUCCCUGAGAGUUGGCUGUGGGAGGAAGUGGUGUUGCCCAACUGUCCGUCAAAUAACCGCCAGUGUCAAACAACCACCGUACCCAGGGACGGCUUCCAUUUGAAAGACUCCAUAACUACCUGGGAAAUCACAGCCAUCAGCUUGUCCAAGACUCAUGGUAUCUGUGUGGCAGAUGUCCAUGAGAUGACAGUGAUGAAGAACUUCUUUAUUGACCUAAAGAUUCCAUAUUCAGCUGUGCGCAAUGAGCAAAUUGAAAUCAAGGCCAUUAUCCACAACUUCUACAGCAGAAAAGUAAAGGUGCGCGUGGAACUGAAGGAAACCAAGGACAUCUGCAGCCCGGCCAGUAAUAGAAGGAAAUUCCAAACUGUAGUGACAGUAGAUGCUAAAUCAUCUCUUUCUGUACCUUUUGUCAUCAUCCCAAUGGCUUUGGGACGUCACGCCAUUGAGGUGAAGGCAUCUGCCUCGGGACGUGGGAGCGAUGGCGUGAAGAAAGAUCUCCUAGUGGUGUCUGAAGGUGUUUUGAACAAACUUAAUGAAAAUCUGCAAUUGAGUCCUUCUAAAAGAGGUGGUCAACAUGUGCAGGUGAUCAAGAGCCUUAUAAUGAGGGACCAGGCACCCAACACACCAGCCAGCACGUAUAUAUCUGCAAUAGGAGAUACAAUUAGUAUAACAAUAGAGGCGGCUAUUAGUGGUCAGGCCAUGGGGUCCCUGAUUUUCGAGCCUGGUGGCUGCGGGGAGCAGAACAUGGCUGGCCUAACGAUGCCUGUCAUUGCAACGCAUUACCUGGACCAAACCAAUCAGUGGCACACUGUGAACGCUGGCCUUAGGCAGACAGCUGUUUACUAUAUCACGAGAGGUUACAAUAAAGAGCUGGCGUAUCGUAAAACUGAUGGCUCAUAUGCGGCAUAUAUCAGUCGGCAAAGCAGCACCUGGUUGACAGCAUAUGUUGCUAAAGUAUUUGCCAUGGCCAGUAACAUCAUAAACAUAGACCAGAAUGUGAUCUGCUCUGCUCUCAAGUGGCUCAUACUGAACAAGCAGUUACCUAAUGGCGUUUUUAAAGAAGAUGCUCCUGUAAUGUCUGGAUCAAUGACUGGGAACGUACAUGGGACAGACACAGAAGCCUCGAUGACAGCAUUUGUGCUCAUUGCCCUUCAGGAGGGGAGAAACCGUUGUGCUGGCCAAAUCUUAAGUCUUGACAGCAGCAUAUAUAGAGCCAUCGCGUACCUUAGAUCUCGGUUACAUGGUCUGACGAAUCCAUACUCAGUGGCUAUGACAUCUUAUGCUCUAGCCAAUGGAAAUGCACUUGACAAGCAAGCCCUGUUGAGAAAAACCUCUGCAGAUGGAAGUCACUGGCCUGUCCCUGAAAGCAAUUACUAUACUAUUGAGGCUUCAGCCUAUGCACUCCUGGCCCUUGUUAAAGCUAAAGACUUCCAGGCUGCAGCACCCAUUGUGAACUGGCUCAACAACCAGAGGAGGAACGGAGGAGGAUAUGGCACGACUCAGACCACCAUCAUGGUGUUCCAGGCUGUUGCUGAAUACAGGAUUCAAGUGAAAGACAUGAAGCAGUUAGACCUGGAGAUGACGAUCCGAGUGGAAGGCAGCCGGCAGCCGAUUGUGUGGAAGUUCAACAAAGACAACGCUCACCUCGCACAAACAGCAAAGAUUCCAUCUAAUAGGGAGAUCACUGUCAGUGCCAAGGGUGCUGGAGAGGCCUCUGUAACUGUUGUGACUGAGUACUAUGCAAAACCAAAAGAGAGGAGUGGCACCUGCAAGAAUUUUGAGCUUGAUCUGACAUUUGAGAGGGACAAUCAAGUAACAUAUCGCGGUGCAAUCGAGAGUUAUAGACUCACUAUCAAUACCAGGUAUCUGUCCGCUGACAGGGAUGCCACCAUGUCUAUACUGGACAUUACAUUACUGACAGGAUUUGUUGUGGAUGAGAAUGAUCUGAAAGUGCUGUCAACUGGACAUGACAGGCUGAUUGAGAAAUUUGAGAUGAACAAGCAGCUUUCAGAGCGAGGAUCCCUCAUCAUCUACCUGGACAAGAUUUCUCAUAACAGGAAAGAUAGGAUCACCUUCAGGCUGCACAGAAUUAUGAAUGGAGGCUUUAUUCAACCAGCAGGAGUCACUGUAUAUGAAUACUACUCUAUAGAAAAUCGCUGUGUGAAGUUUUAUCAUCCCACCAGGAGGGAAGGAGCUCUUCAAAAAAUCUGUAAGCAAGAUGUCUGUCAGUGUGCCGAAGAAAACUGCAGUCUUCAAAGGAAGGAGAAAAUUCAUGAGGCUCAGCGUAAUAAGAAAGCAUGUGAACCAAAAAUAAAUUACGUUUAUAAGGCUGUUCUGAUGAGGGAAGAUGACGACGCUUCAACAGUUUAUUACAAUAUGAGGAUUGAAAGUGCCCUCAAAACAGGGCCGGAAGAUAAUGUGGAGGGGAAGCGGCGCACUUUCACUUUACAAAUCUCUUGCAAAGAAGCUUUGGAUCUGAAGCAGGGUGAGAGCUAUCUGAUCAUGGGCCAGUCUGGGGAUGUCCAACUGGAAGGUGCAAAAAUUCAGUACGCUCUGGGUGAGAGGACGUGGGUGGAGUUUUGGCCCAGCUUGGAGCAGAGCAAGAUAAGUGCUGAACUCAAAGAAAAAUACAACGGCAUGUUGAGUCUCCAGCAGGAUCUGCGCUUCGGCUGCGGCUAAUCAGUCAAAACGGCCCUAAUGCCAGACUACUGCUUUGAGAUGCUCAAUGACAUAAUUAAAUAUAUCACAAUUCAGAAAAGUUAGUAUAGCUUGCUUAUAACUGUUAAACAUAAUUGCAUAAAUGCAACUGUUACUUUUUUCUAGGGAUGCACCGAUACCAUUUUUAAGGACCAAGUACGAGUACCGAUACUUUUUUCUGGUACACGCCGAUAACGAUACCGAUGCCUAUACUUUUUUUAUUUUUAUUUUUGGUGAUGUUGCAGUUUUCCAAGCACAACACAGUGAGACUAAUGAAUGUAGGACAGCUUCUUUAUUAUUACCAAAGACCCUUUAAGACAAGUCAUUUCACUCGGCGGCCGUCUUUGAAACGCCUCUCGGGCAUGCAACUCCUAUCUCUUUGAAUGGGGAAACAUCAAAUUCUCCAAAGCUGUUUGCCAAGCUUUCAAUUAAAUUUCAUAUUUGUAGUCACCAAUCAAAUAUAACAACAACUGUCUCAUAAAUUUAUUUUAUGAGACAAUAGGGAAGACGUAGGACAUACAGCUUAAAUGUUUGGAGAAUACGGAAAUGCGGUUUUGGCGGAAGCACUUAGAAGGCGAACAUUUGUUUAUAUAAAGCAUAUACAUUUACAUUUUUUUUGAAAAUGACCGAUCGUUUCGCUAGAUAAGACCCUUAUUCCUCAUCUGGUAUCGUUUAAAGCCCUUUGAAGCUGCACUGAAACUGUCAUUUUGACCUUCAACCGUUUAGAGGCCAUUGAAGUUCACUAUAAGGAGAAAAAUCCUGGAAUGUUUUCGUCAAAAACCUUCAUUUCUUUUCGACUGAAGAAAGAAAAACAUGAACAUCUUGGAUGACAUGGGGGGUGACUAAAUUAUCAGGAAAAGUUUAUUUAAAAGUGGACUAAUCCUUUAACCCAUAACCGACUGUAUUAUGUGAGAUACUCCACACAAUACAUUUGACCAUUCAGGCGCAAGGAGAACUGAUUGCGUGCUGUGAGAGAACUGGGAUUGCGCGCAAGAAAGAAAGAAAUAGAGAGAGUGCGCGCGCGAGAGAGAGCGCUUCUGGUGUGUGUCAUUCAGCGCGAUUCCGUCUAUCCCGCCUUCACUAAUCGAUCACUAAUUGUGAUUGAAAGCAUGCAGGUCGCAAUGUGUGUGUUGUCAUCAUUAAUUUUGAAGUAUUUCCACACCCCUGAGGCUGACAUUGUUUCUGCUGCUGCCACGGGUGUCUCUGUGCACGGAAGAUUAUGUCAGUUACGUCACGUUAGGUAUCGGUCUUUGGUAUCUGGGGUAUUUUUUUUCGAGUACAAGUACAUGAGUUUGGUAUCGGCCGAUACCGAUACUGGUAAAGGUAUCGGUGCAUCCCUAGUUUUUCAGUAAAUAUCAUGUUACUCUAUAAUAAGCAUUACUUGAUUGCAAUGUCAUUCUAAAAUAAAUGUCACAUGAUUAAUCAGAUUUCCAUAAUAAAAAAAUCUAACUUGAUCAAA